UUUUCCAUCACAAUUUUGAGCCCUGUUCUUGUUUCUUUCCGAACGAUCAGCCGUUCUUCGGAUUACCAUAUCAAAAAUAUUUUCUUUUUGAUAAUCACUAGUUUUCUUUUGCAAAAUCAAAAAACCAAAAUUUGUUUCCACCCAUAAUCCUCUGCAGCACUUUUCAACUUAUCCCAUCAACACCCAUCGGAAUUGUUUUUUUUUUCUGCCCAUGUCCCUUUUUUCAAUCGCUAUCUACAGGGUUUUACUUUUCGCUCAUUAAUCAUCUUUCCCGUAGGGUUCCUUUUUCUGUAUCGAAUCUGCCUUCUCUUUCUCCUGAAUUUUCGACAUCAGCAUUCAGCAAUUGGAGCAAUACGACGAUGAACGAGCGCAAAACUAUUGAUUUGGAACAAGGAUGGGCCUUCAUGCAAAAGGGAAUCACAAAAUUGAAGAACAUUUUAGAGGGAUUGCCAGAGCCACAGUUCAGCUCGGAAGACUACAUGAUGCUCUACACGACCAUCUAUAAUAUGUGUACUCAAAAGCCUCCUCAUGACUACUCCCAGCAGCUGUAUGAUAAGUACUGCGAAUCGUUUGAAGAGUACAUAAUAUCAUCGGUAUUGCCAUCUUUGAGGGAGAAGCAUGAUGAAUUCAUGUUGAGAGAGCUUGUGAAAAGAUGGGCAAACCACAAAGUGAUGGUUAGGUGGCUUUCUCGCUUCUUCCAUUAUCUUGAUCGCUACUUUAUUGCUCGAAGGUCACUUCCACCUUUGAAUGAAGUUGGGCUAACUUGUUUCCGUGAUUUGGUUUACCAGGAGUUAAAUGCAAAAGCUAGAGAUGCUGUCAUAUCGCUGAUUGACCAAGAGCGUGAAGGAGAGCAAAUUGACCGAGCUCUGCUAAAGAAUGUCUUAGAUAUAUUUGUGGAGAUUGGAAUGGGGCAAAUGGAUUGCUAUGAAAAUGACUUUGAAGCAGCCAUGCUCAAAGACACUGCUGCAUAUUACUCUCGGAAGGCUUCCAACUGGAUUCUAGAAGAUUCCUGCCCUGAUUAUAUGUUGAAAGCUGAGGAAUGCCUAAGACGUGAGAAGGACAGAGUUUCACAUUAUUUGCCCUCUAGCAGUGAACCUAAACUUCUAGAGAAAGUUCAACAUGAACUGUUGUCUGCCUAUGCUACCCAACUGCUUGAAAAAGAGCAUUCUGGAUGUCAUGCGUUGCUUAGAGAUGACAAGGUCGAUGACUUGUCGAGAAUGUUCAGACUCUUCUCUAAAAUUCCUCGAGGCCUAGAUCCAGUUUCAAAUACAUUUAAACAGCAUGUUACUGCUGAGGGAACUGCCUUGGUCAAACAAGCAGAAGAUGCAGCAAGCAACAAAAAGGCUGAGAAAAAGGAUGUGAUUGGCUUGCAGGAACAAGUGUUCGUAAGAAAAGUGAUUGAGCUGCACGAUAAAUAUUUGGCAUAUGUGAACACCUGUUUCCAAAAUCACACGCUUUUCCACAAGGCUCUCAAGGAGGCCUUUGAGGUCUUUUGCAAUAAGGGUGUUGCUGGUAGUUCAAGUGCAGAGUUACUUGCAACUUUUUGUGAUAACAUUCUCAAGAAAGGUGGGAGUGAGAAACUGAGUGAUGAAGCAAUUGAAGAGACUCUGGAAAAGGUAGUGAAGUUGCUUGCUUAUAUCAGUGAUAAAGAUCUUUUCGCCGAAUUUUAUAGGAAAAAGCUUGCUCGACGACUUCUUUUCGAUAAGAGUGCCAAUGACGACCAUGAGAGAAGUAUUCUGACUAAACUGAAACAGCAAUGUGGUGGUCAGUUCACCUCAAAGAUGGAGGGCAUGGUCACAGAUUUGACUUUGGCGAGGGAAAACCAAGCCAACUUUGAGGAAUAUCUUAGCAAUAAUCCACAAGCAAAUCCCGGUAUUGAUUUGACAGUUACGGUUCUAACUACCGGGUUUUGGCCUAGUUACAAGUCCUUCGAUCUGAACCUCCCGGCCGAGAUGAUUAAAUGCGUUGAGGUCUUCAGAGAGUUCUAUCAAACUAAAACAAAGCAUAGGAAGCUUACAUGGAUUUACUCUCUUGGUAUCUGUAACAUCAGCGGAAGGUUUGAACCGAAAACCAUCGAACUAAUUGUGACAACGUAUCAGGCUUCUGCCUUGCUGCUGUUCAAUUCCUCUGACCGACUUAGUUACUCGGAAAUUAUGACUCAACUAAACUUGAAUGAUGACGACAUUGUGAGACUACUCCAUUCCUUGUCGUGCGCCAAAUAUAAGAUUCUUAACAAGGAGCCAAGUACUAAAACAAUCUCGCCAACCGAUACAUUUGAGUUCAACUCAAAGUUUACGGACAAAAUGAGAAGGAUCAAGAUUCCUCUUCCACCCGUGGAUGAGAAGAAGAAGGUAAUUGAAGAUGUCGACAAGGACAGACGUUAUGCUAUUGACGCGUCGAUCGUCCGCAUCAUGAAGAGUCGUAAAGUUUUGAGUCACCAGCAGUUGGUGCUGGAGUGUGUCGAGCAACUUGGUCGGAUGUUCAAGCCCGACUUUAAAGUAAUCAAAAAGCGGAUUGAAGAUCUAAUCACCCGAGACUAUCUGGAAAGAGACAAAGAUAACCCGAGCUUGUUCAGGUACCUAGCAUGAUCUGGACUUUGUCAAAAGAUGAAAAUGCUAGAGUCCUUAUGACUCAAGAUAGCUCGAAAUUCUUUCGAUGGCGAUGGCGAUGGAGAUGGUGGUACGAGCUCACUCAUGUAGUGCAAACUAAUUCGAGAAGGUCGAAAUGCUUGUGCUAUUUUACCAUCUAAGCAAGUUGAGAUACUCGUUAUAUGAUUAGGAAAUGAUGGAAAAUCUGAAUCCCAAUGUUGAGAUGGAUAUUGAUUAAUUGGUCAAAUGGAGUGAAAAUAAUUGAAUUCAUUACUGUAAUUUCCAUCUGCCUAUUGAUCACCGAAUAAUUUGUUCAUUAGAUGUUAUGCCCCAAAGAAAGCUGUCUGUCUUUGGAAAA